ACGGCACGCAGACUAUUUCAUCUCAAAAGAAAAGAAAGACACGCAGACUAUUUCAUCUCAAAGUGUACCGGCAGCAGCAGGCGCUGACGUUAGCAGAAGAGCAGCGGCGAGCCAGACAUGGCCGCCGGGAACCUACACCUUCCCGUGGUCGACCUCGCCUCCACCAACCUCCGAGCUUCCGCUGAAUCCAUCCGAAAGGCAUGCGUGGAGAGCGGGUUCUUCUAUGUCUCCAACCACGGAAUCGACGACGGCCUGCUGGAGAGGGUGUUUGCGGAGAGCAAGAAAUUCUUCGAGCUGCCGCUGGAGGAGAAGAUGGCGCUGCAGAGGAACAGCGGACACAGGGGCUACACCCCGCCUUACGCCGAGAAGCUCGACGCUUCGUCCAAAUUCGAAGGUGACCUGAAGGAGAGCUUCUACAUUGGAGCUACAGGAAAUGGAAAUUUGCAGAAUGAUGCUAACCAAUGGCCUUCUGAAGAGCAAUUUCCAGCUUGGAAGGAUACAAUGAAGCUGUACCUUGCAACUGCACUGGUUACUUGUAAAAGGAUACUCUCUCUAAUUUCUCUGAGUUUGGACCUAGAUGCUGAAUUCUUUCAGAACAUUGGUGCAUUCAACUGCCCGUCAGAUGUUCUUCGGUUAUUGCACUACCCAGGUGAAGUAAAUGAGUGCGAUAAUGGAAAUUAUGGAGCAUCAGCUCAUUCAGAUUAUGGAAUGUUAACCCUUCUAGCAACAGAUGGUACUCCUGGCUUGCAGAUAUGCAGGGAGAAGGAUAGACACCCCCAGCUCUGGGAGGAUGUUCCUCAUAUUGAUGGCUGCCAGAAGUACAGCAUUCACAGGACGCAGCCUGGAGAGGGACGAGACACAGUCUUCGACUUCUUGAGCGGCGAUGGCUGUGGCGAAAGGUUGCACGCUUCAAAAGGCGAAGUAGGGCUCAGCAGGGCUCUUAUUGUGAACAUUGGCGAUUUGUUAGAAAGAUGGACGAAUUGUGUUUUCAGAUCUACACUGCAUCGUGUUGUUGCAGUUGGUAAAGAGCGAUAUUCUGCGGCUUUCUUUCUGGAUCCAAACCCUGAUUUAGUGGUGCAGUGCUUGGAAAGUUGUUGCUGCGAGGCAUACCCACCGAGGUUUGCACCUAUCAGGAGUGGUGACUACCUUAAAGAGCGAUUAAGCGCUACAUACAAAUAACUAGCCAGAUCCCUUGCACAGAUGCACGUUUUUUUUUUAAUUAAAAUCUACACUUCCUUGCCUGUGAAUGGAGCUCUAUAUUCGUCCUACAAUUUUAGUGCUUGUGAUUUUAAAUAUAGUUGUAUUUUAGUACAACUGUAAGGGCUUCAGUGUAUAUUUGAUUACUCUAUACCAAUAUAAUAAGGACUCGAUGUGUAAUUUCUUCAAUAAUUAGACAAGGCACGUAGUUUUCUA